UCACUCUGGAAGUGGGGUCGGAAGGUUUAUUAACAGCACAGACUGGGGAGUUGUAAAGUCUGUCUUUUCAGACAAAGAGGACACUCACUCAAGAUGCCAGAGCCAGUCAAAAAACCAGCCUCUGCCUUCAAAAAGAAACCUAAGACUACAGUGGUCGUAGCCGGAGGGACUGCAGUGUUCAAGGCUGAGACGGAGAAGCCAGAUGCCAAGGUGAAAUGGCAACGGGGCUCUGCAGACAUCACAGCUAGCGAUAAAUAUGUCAUCUCUGCCGAGGGAAAUAAGCACUCCCUCACCAUCAAAAAUGUCACCAAAGAGGACGACGUGAUCUACGCUGUGAUUGCUGGCAGUUCAAAGGUCAAAUUUGAGCUCAAAGUGAAGGAACAAGCAGAAAAAGUUGAGGAUGGUGCAAGCGCUGCUGAAGAACCGGCCCCAGCUUCAGUGCCCUCAGAAGAUCCAGCUUCAGCUUCAGCUGAAAGUCCAGCCCCGGCCCCAGCUGAUAGUCCAGCUCCAGCUCCUGCUGAAGAUCCUACUCCAGCUCCAUCUGAAAAUCCACCUGCAGCUCCAGCACCUGCUGAUGAGCCAGCUCCACCCCCAGCACCAGCUGCGGAUCCAGCUGCUCCCCCAGCUUCAGCUCCAACUCAGGAGCAGGCCCAUCCCGAGCAUUUGGCAGAGAGCCAGCUGCCUGACACACGGCAGGACCUCACUGGACUCUUCAUGGAAAAGCCCCAGAGUGGAGAGGUCACUGUAGGUGAAAACAUUACAUUUGUUGCCAAGGUGUGUGCAGCCAGCCUGCUGAAGAAACCUACUGUCAAGUGGUUCAAGGGCAAGUGGAUGGAUCUGGCCAGCAAGGCGGGGAAGCACCUCCAGCUGAAGGAGCUGUAUGACCGCAACACCAAGGUGUACACCUUUGAGAUGCACAUCAUCGCAGCCAAGGCCAACUACGCUGGAGGGUACCGGUGCGAGGUGUCCUCCAGGGACAAAUUUGACAGCUGUAACUUUGAUCUCAUUGUACAUGAAGCCCGAUCUGUAGGGGAAUUUGAUAUCCGUGCAGCUUUCAGGCGCACGAGCACCGCUGCAGGUGGAAAAAGGAAGAGUGGAACUGGAGGAAGUAGCCUUGAUGGAGGCGAGGAAGCAGGAGAGCUGGACUUCAGUGCUUUGUUGAAGAAAAGGGACAGUUUUUUAAAAGCGACAACUCGAGCUGUCCAUGUCAGCAACGAGCCAGAGGUAGAUGUCUGGGAAAUCCUCCAGAAGGCCCCACCCUCAGAGUAUGAGAAGAUCGCCUUCCAGUAUGGAAUCACUGAUCUGCGUGGGAUGCUUAAGAGAUUGAAGAAGAUGAAGAAGGAGGAGAAGAAGAGUGCUGCAUUCCUGAAGAAACUUGACCCAGCCUACCAGGUAGAGAAAGGUCACAAAAUCAAACUUGCGAUUGAAGUGGCCAACCCCGAUGCAGACGUAAAAUGGUUGAAGAAUGGUCAGGAAAUUCAACCAAGUGGGAGCAAGUACAUCUUUGAAAGUGUUGGCAACAAGCGGUACCUCACCAUUAACCACUGCUCAUUGGCUGAUGAUGCUGCCUACACCUGUGUGAUUGGAGAUGAGAAGUGUUUCACAGAACUCUUCGUUAAAGAGCCCCCAGUUCUCAUUGUGCGGAACCUGGAGGAUCAGAUGGUGAUGAAGGGUGAACGUGUGGAGUUUGAGUGUGAGGUCUCUGAGGAGGGUGCCCAUGUCAAAUGGGAAAAGGAUGGUGUUGAGCUGACAAGGGACGAGUCCUUCAAGUAUCGCUUCAAGAAGGAUGGCAAAAAGCAUGUGCUGAUCAUUAACGAGGUCACCAAAGAGGACUGUGGCCACUACAUAGCGAAGACUAAUGGGGGAGAAUCCAUGGCAGAGCUCCUGGUGCAAGAGAAGGAAUUGGAGGUAUACCAGAGUAUCGCUGACCUGACAGUGAAGGCCAAGGAGGAGGCAGUGUUCAAGUGCGAGGUCUCAGAUGAGAAUGUGAAGGGCAUCUGGUACAAGAAUGGUGUGGAGGUGAAGCCUGAUGCAAGAACUCACAUCACACACAUUGGCAGGAUUCAUAAGUUGACCAUUGAUGAUGUCAAACCUGAAGAUGAGGGAGACUAUACAUUUGUUCCUGAGGGAUAUGCAUUCAACCUCUCUGCUAAACUCAACUUCCUCGAGGUCAAGAUUGACUAUGUUCCUCGACAAGAUCCACCAAAAAUCCAUCUGGACUGUGUUGGACACACGGCCGAUUCAACCAUCGUGGUGGUAGCAGGAAAUAAGCUACGACUGGACGUGCCCAUCACUGGAGACCCAGCCCCCACUGUGGUCUGGACUAAGUCUGAUAAGGUCAUCACGGAUGCGGAUGGGCGGGUCCACGUGGAGAGCACAAAGGGCCACUGCAUUUUCACCAUUGAGGGGGCAGAGCGGCAGGAUGAGGGGGUCUACACUGUGAUUGUCCGAAACCCAGCAGGGGAGGACACAGCGGACAUCAACGUUAAAGUAGUAGAUGUGCCUGAUCCCCCCCAAACACCUAAAAUUCUCAGCGUUGGAGAGGAUUCAUGUAUUGUGCAGUGGGAGCCCCCACUGUUUGAUGGUGGCCAACCAAUCAUUGGCUAUGUACUGGAGAGGAAGAAGAAGAAGAGCUAUAGGUGGAUGAGGCUGAACUUUGAUCCAUAUAAGGAGCUGACCUAUGAGGCCAAGAGAAUGAUCGAGGGAGUGGCCUACGAAAUGCGGGUCUAUGCUGUGAAUGCUAUCGGAAUGUCACGACACAGUCCUGCCUCCCAGCCCUUUGUGCCAAUUGCUCCUACCAGUGAGCCCACUGUCCUAACUGUAGAUGACAUCAGUGACACCACCAUUUCCUUGAAGUGGAGAGCCCCAGAGCGGAUGGGGUCGGCUCCCUUGGAUGGCUAUGCCGUUGAGUACUGCAAGGAAGGCUCGGAUGAAUGGGUGCCAGCCUUCGAGGGUCUGACAGAGCGUAAUUCUGUCACUAUUCGUGACCUCCCGACGGGCGAGAGGAUGCAGUUCCGCGUGCGGGCCUACAACCUCGCUGGGCCCAGCGCUCCCGCUACCCUCGCCCAGCCUGUCACCAUCCGAGAGAUCAUGCAGCGCCCCAAAAUCUGGCUCCCUCGAAAUCUUCGCCAGACUCUGAUAAAAAAGGUUGGAGAAACAAUAAACAUAGUGAUCCCUUUCCAGGGGAAACCUCGGCCUAAAGUGACCUGGACUAGAGAGGGGGAGCCUCUGGAUCCCAAACAAGUCAGCAUCCGAAACAGCGAUACCGACACCAUCCUCUUUAUUCGCAAGUCCGAGCGUAAGGACUCAGGAAAGUAUGAAGUGCAAGUGCAGAUUGAGAACGUAGAAGACAAGGCCGAAGUCAACAUUCAGAUUGUAGACCUGCCUGGCCCACCACAGAAUCUAAAGAUCACGGAUGUGUGGGGCUUCAAUGUAGCUCUGGAGUGGAAACCACCAAAGGACAAUGGGAACAGUGAUAUCACUGGCUACACCAUCCAAAAAGCAGACAAAAAGACCAUGGAGUGGUUCACUGUCUUUGAACAAUACCGGCGCACCAACUGUGUGGUGUCUGACCUUAUCAUGGGCAAUGAGUACAUCUUCCGUGUCUAUUCGAUAAACAUGGUAGGCCUCAGUCCAGAGCCCUGCUUCUCCAAGGACAGUGCUUACAUCCUGAAGACAGGAAUAGUAUACAAACCACCAGUCUACAAAGAGCACAACUUCUCUGAGGCCCCAAAAUUCACACACCCCCUGGUGAGCCGUUCGGUGAUCGCAGGGUACAACGCCACCUUGAGCUGCUCAGUGCGGGGUAUUCCCAAGCCCAAAGUGACCUGGUAUAAGAACAAAAUGGACAUAUCCCAGGAGGCCAAGUAUAGGAUGUUCAGCAAGCAGGGUGUCCUGACAUUGGAGAUCCGCAAGCCCUGCCCCUUUGACGGAGGAGUGUACAUGUGCAAGGCCGUCAAUGAUUCUGGAGAAGACACUGUGGAGUGCAAACUGGAGGUCAGAUCUCAAGUCACCAAAGAAGACACAAAGAAAUAAAGGAGCUUUCAGAGGUCACGGUGGUCCCACCUCAUCUUCCAGUGUCAAUGGCAUGCCUUUGGGACUUUUACAUGUAAUGACUAUGUGACAUACAGAUAUUUUAGAAAUGUGUGUGAAAUUGUGUUCUUUAAUAGUAUAUUCAAUGCUCUUUUUGUGUGUCUUACCCCUGGUAGUGAAAUGGCAUGAUAUCAUCAAGCAGCAUCUUUGUUUUUGUCUUCAAUGAACAUAAUAUAAAAAGCUGAAAGACCUGAGUAAAUUUCAUUAAUACAAUUGUUGUGGUUUAUGCUGAGACAAUUCCACAACUGUAUUGUUCUGCUUUAUUAGAGCUUUAAAGCUACAGUAUGUGUAUUCUGAUUUAGGUUCUGAAAUAAAAUUGACUCAUUUUUCUGGAGGUGUACAGUAUAUUUGUUUUGUUCUCCAUAGGUAAUGUAGCCAUGUAAGAUGGAAUAAAACCACCUGCUGCAUCUGCAUCUAUAACUG